AUGGCGCUGAGCGGUAACUGCAGGACUAACCCCAAAGAGCAGUCGUCGGUCCAGAACAGCCUCCCCGACGUCCUGGAGCUCAACGUGGGCGGCCAGGUGUACUACACGCGCUAUUGCACGCUGGUGAGUAGCCCGAGUUCUCUCCUCGCCAAGUUGUUCUCCAAAAAGGACGCCUCCAACGACUUAGCCCGGGACCCGAAAGGUCGCUACUUCAUCGACCGCGACGGCUUCCUGUUCCGCUACGUGUUGGACUACCUGCGGGACAAGCAGGUGGUCCUCCCGGACCACUUCCCGGAGAAAGGUCGGCUGCGGAAAGAAGCGGAGUAUUUCCAGCUACCCGAUUUGGUGAAGCUUCUCAGCCCGGAGGAGGUGAAGCAAAGCCCGGAUGACUUGUUCCACAGUGAUUACGAGGACGGCUCCCAGGGGAGCGAGCCGCGCCACUGCCCGCCGCCCUCGCUCGUCCCCGCGGAUAGGAAGAGCGGCUUUGUCACGGUGGGCUACCGGGGCUCGUGCACCGUGGCCCGCGACGCACAGAGCGACGCAAAGUUCCGCCGGGUGCCCCGCAUCCUCAUCUGCGGCCGAGUGGCCCUGGCCAAAGAGGUCUUUGGUGAAACCCUGAACGAGAGCCGGGACCCGAACCGGACCCCGGAUCGCUACACCUCCCGUUUCUAUCUCAAGUUCAGGCACCUGGAGAGGGCCUUUGACAUGCUGUCCGAGUGCGGCUUCCACAUGGUGGCGUGCAACUCAUCUGUCACCGCCUCGUUCGUCAGCCAGCACACGGAGGACAAGUUCUGGUCCAGCUACACAGAAUACGUCUUCUAUCGUGGCACGUCACGUUGGUCGUCGCUUCCCUGCGAGUGCUGCUGCAAGAACCACAAGGGCGACGGCGAGGGCGAAAGCGGCACCUCCUUCAACGAGCUCUCCACCUCCAGCUCGGAGAGCCAAUCCGAAGCCGGCUCUCCGCAGGGGACGGUCAUCAGCGGCCCGGUCAGCCGCCAGCCCAACGUCCAAACUCUGGACAGGCCUGUAAAAAAAGGCCCGGUCGCUAGGCUCCAACAGUCGGAACAACGGCGGAAAAGCGACCUCCUGCGUACUCUGACCUCGGCCUCCCGCGACCCCAACACGUGCAAGAAGAGGCAGCCCAAAGAGAAGCUGACGGUAGAGGAAGAGUUGGAUAGGUGCAUUGAAGACUUUCGCAAGAUCAAGAUUCCCGAGAGGUUUCCCGAGCGCAAGUACAUGUGGCAGGCGGACUUGUUGAGAAAGUACCGCGUUUGA